AUGUUACCAAUAUCAUAUACAAAUUUAAAUAGUAGUCGAAUUACAAGAGAUGGGACAGCAUCAUCAGCGUCGAGAUAUAGAAGGUUAAUACCUGAAUAUUUUAGAAGAAUAUUUCAUUAUCCUCAAAUGGAUAUAGAAUAUACUUUUUGGAUUAUGUUUUAUUUAUGUUUUAACCCAUCAAGAGUUUAUAGAGUUACAUCAUGGCAUAAACAAACAAAGAAUCAAUGGGCAAGAGAUGAUCCUGCCUUUGCAGUUAUAUUAGUAUUUUUUAUGGCAAUUGCUUCAAUGUCUUAUGCGAUCACUUUUCAUUUUUUAUCAUUUUUAAACGUCAUAAAAGUUAUGUUUUGGGCGGUAUUUGUAGAUUUUAUUACAGUUGGUUUAUUAAUUGCAACUAUAGGUUGGUGGGUAACAAAUAAAUUUUUAAGAGUUUCAGUUCAUAAUCAUAGUGUAGAUCAAAGUGUAGAAUGGUUAUAUGCUUUCGAUAUUCAUUGUAAUUCAUUCUUUCCACUUUUUAUCAUUUUAUAUGUCGUUCAAUUCUUUUUAUUACCAAUUCUAUUAUCAAAUUCAUUAUUUGCAGCUAUAUUAUCAAAUACUUUAUAUAUUAUAGGAUUUUCUUAUUAUUACUAUGUAACCUUUUUAGGAUAUAAUGCAUUACCAUUCCUUCAACACACAGUAGUAUUUCUAUAUCCAAUUGGUAUUCUUUUUGCUCUAUACAUUGUGUCUGUAGUAAUGGGAAAGAAUUUAACUGUAUCAAUUAUCAAUUUCUAUUUUGGUUUUCAAUUAUAA